GGUACAGUUGGCUUACGGGUACGUAUCCAAAGAGGGAGGUUUCUCUUUCUACGAGAAGAAGAAGAGGCGGCACACGGCCUUUUCUUUAUCAGUCUACAAUUGCAAGGGAGCCAAUUAACAUAUAAGAUGGGUGAGACUGGGAAGAGAUCUCAAUCCCAGAGGGACCACGGUGGGGACAAUAAGAAUCAGAAGCGACGGGUGAAUGACCAUGGUGGGGACAAUAAGAAUCAGAAGCGACAGGUGAAUGACCACGGUGGGGACAAUAUGAAACAGAAGCGAUGGUUGAAUGACAAAGAUGACAGAGGUACUGACAAGCUGGUUGUUUAUAGAAUACUAUGUCCAGAUGGGGUUAUUGGAAGUGUCAUUGGUAAGAGUGGGAAAGUAAUAAAUUCAAUAAGGCAAGAGACACGGGCAAAAGUCAAGGUUGUUGAUCCAUAUCCAGGUGCUAAAGACCGUGUUAUCACAAUCUACAGUUAUGUUAAGGAGAAGGAAGAGGUUGUGGUUGAUGAUGAGUUUAGUGACAGGGAACCUUUAUGUGCUGCACAGGAUGCUCUUCUCAAAGUUCAUGCUGCCAUUGCAAAUGCCGUGGCUACUGUGGGAGAUUCAGACAAUAAGCGAAAGGAUGAGGAGGGAUGUCAAAUUCUUGUUCCAUCUAGCCAAUCUGCAAAUAUCAUUGGCAAGGCUGGAGCCACAAUAAAGAAACUGAGAAGCAAGACAAGGACAAACAUUAAGGUCAUGGCCAAGGAUGCCACUGAUCCAACUAACUCAUGUGCAAUGGACUUUGACAAUUUUGUCCUGAUUAGUGGUGAGUCAGAGGCUGUGAAGAAAGCUCUGUUUGCAGUUUCUGCAAUUAUGUACAAGUUCGCUCCUAGAGAAGAGAUUCCUCUUGAGACUUCAGUAUCGGAAGCUCCUCCAAGCAUUAUCAUCCCAUCAGAUGUCCCUAUUUAUCCACCAGGUGGACUAUAUCCAAGUGUGGAUCCUAUUGUCGCUCCUAGAUCUGUUCCUUCAAUUGUAGGUGCUACAAAUGUGCAGGAUCUCCACGGUUAUGCAGAUACAGGGAAUACAUGGCCUCUUUAUUCAUCUGCCCUUCCUGUGGUGUCUGGGUUCACCAGUGCUUCACAAUCACAAUCGGAGGAGUUAAUUAUAAGAGUAUUGUGUCCUUUUGACAAGAUUGGGCGUGUGAUUGGCAAAGGAGGGGGUACCAUUAAAAGCAUAAGACAGGCUUGUGGUGCUCGUAUUGAGGUCGACGAUACCAAGUAUGAUUGUGAUGAGUGUGUCAUAAUGAUUACUUCAACAGAGUCACCUGAUGAUCUGAAAUCUAUGGCGGUUGAAGCUGUUUUAUUGCUGCAAGGGAAGAUCAAUGAUGAAGAUGAUAACACUGUUACUGUUAGACUACUUCUUCCAUCUAGGGUCAUUGGAUGCAUCAUUGGAAAAAGUGGCUCAAUUAUAAAUGAGAUCCGUAAGAGAACUAAAGCUGAUGUCCGUAUCUCGAAAAGUGACAAGCCUAAUUGUGCUGCUGUAAAUGAUGAACUUGUUGAGGUGCUUGGAGAAGUUGGCAGUGUUAGAGAUGCACUUAUCCAGAUUGUUUUAAGGCUCCGUGAUGAUGUCCUGAAAGAUGGAGAUGGUGGUCAUAACCCUGCUUUUGGUGCAGAUUCUCUAUUCUCUGCUGGCUCUAGUCUUUCGGUUUCAUCUGUCUUGCCUUCUGUUGCCCCAGUCGCCCCUUUUGGACAUGAUUGGAGGGUUGAGAGUGGAAGUGGCUUCAGCAUGCUUUCUUCAAGCAGCCUCUAUGGAUAUGGUUCUUUGUCGAUGGGCGACAAUGGCUACGGAUCCAUGCCCACAUAUUCAUCCAAGCUAUAUGGAGGGUUGCCUCCCACUUCCACACUUGAGAUUUUGGUCCCUGCUAAUGCAGUGGGUAAGGUAAUGGGUAAAGGAGGGGCCAAUCUUGGCAAUAUGCGGAAGAUAUCUGGUGCAAUGAUAGAGAUUUCUGAUUCCAAAACUUCCCGGGGUGAUCGAAUAGCCCAUAUAACAGGCACACCUGAACAGAAGCGUGCAGCUGAAAACUUGAUUCAGGCAUUUAUAAUGGCCACCUGAGUUUUGAAGAUGCUUCUAGAUAGAAGGAAUCUUUAUCAAGAAGGGCAAAAGGUGCCAACUCUAGUACACAGGAAGUAUUUGAGGGAGACACCUAUUGGAGCAUUCCAAAGGAAAAAGGUAUUCUUAAAUGAUGUUUUGAGCUCCUCCAGCGUCCAUUCAUGGUCCUCAAAGAUUCUAGCAUUCCUUUCCUUCCAAAUACACCAAAUGAGGCGAGUAGGAACCAUCUUUCAGUAGCAUUCCUUUCCUUCCAAAUACACCAAAUGAGGCAAGUAGGAACCAUUUUUCACAUUGCUGUGAUUUCCGGGCCGUACCCUUUCCAGGAAUAAAAGAGAUCCAAAAUUCUUCUAGGUUUGGCCCAAGCCAAUCCAAUCCGAUUGAAGAAGUUCCUCCAUAGAGCACUUGUAUUCUCACAAUGACAAAGAUGAUCAAUGGACUCUCCACUCGUACAUAUGUAGCAUCAAUCAAUCACAGUGGUGUGUCUUUUCCAUAGAUUAUCUGUGGUGAGAAUCUUCCCUAGAGACGUUGUACUAGCAAAGAACAGUUUUCAAGGGGGCAUUUGUCCAUCAAAUACUCUUCCAAAGAAAUGGGUCGUCAACACGAGGAAUAAGGAUAUUAUAGAAACAACAAACAUUGAACAUCCCUCUUUUGAUAGGACCUAAAAAUCUUAUCCUCAUCUCCUCUUCUCAAUCUAGUGGAACAAACAUAUUAAAAAAAUAUCGUAUACCUGGGCUUUUGCCUAUUCUUAUGAUCAAUACAAUUUUUUUCAAAAGCAUUUGCCUCCCAAUCUUGAGCCACUAUGAUGAAUCUUAUAUUCCACUAGGGAGAAUUACUUAUAAUCUCCAAAUUGUCCGCUCGAAUGGCAUCCUUGGCACAAGCAACAGUGUACACAUCUAGCAUAACUUCUUUGAGGGCCAAGUCGUUACGCUACAAUUCAUGCCAGAUUAUGAACGCAUUGUAUCCAUGUCUGGAAAAUCUAAUAUGGUUAGAAAACUUUCUCCAACAUUUCAUUAUAAUCUUCCAUAAUCCCAUCACAUGAGACCCUUGGACCUCAUUAGAACACAACCCACCCCACAAGCUUCCAUAUUUAGAAUCUACUAGUCGGGCAAUGGUUUUUUUUUCCAAACUAAAUCAUGGAAGACAUUUCAAAGUAGAGAAAUAUUUUAGCCACAAAGGAUUGUGCAAAGGUAAACUUACAAAUUGAC